CUACCGACUGUUCACCACCUACCACCCAACUGUUCACCUACCGCGGACAAACAUUGAAGAGGUUUUUGUUUUGUUUUCGGGGUGGCUUCGUGUGCUGCUGUAUUGACAUUGAAUUAAUCGCGCACGUCUCACAGUGGCGAUGGCGGCGGCAGGGAGCAAGAGGACGAUCCUGGUGACGGGCGGAGCCGGCUACAUCGGGAGCCACACGCUGGUGGAGCUUGCGCAGGCCGGCUACUCCGCCGUGGUCAUCGACAACUUCCACAACGCCAUCCGUGGUGCGCGCGCCGGUCCCGGCGGUGAGCCCGAGAGCGUGCGUCGCGUGAGGGAGCUCACGGGGGCCGACAUCGCCUUCCACGAGGUCGACAUGACGGACGAGCCGGCACUGCAGAAGCUCUUCAGCCAGUACUCCUUCAGCGCCAUCAUCCACUUUGCGGGCCUCAAGGCGGUGGGGGAGUCUGUGGAGCAGCCGCUGCGGUACUACCAGGUCAACGUGGCCGGUGCGCUCAACCUGCUGCAGGUGGCGAAGGCGCACGGCGUGUGUGACGUGGUGUUCAGCAGCUCGGCCACCGUGUACGGCGUCCCCGAGAAGCUGCCUCUGGGCGAGACGCACCCGGCUGGUGGCUGCACCAACCCGUACGGCAAGAGCAAGUUCUUCAUCGAGGAGAUUCUGCGUGACCUGUGCUGUGCUCAGCCGGAGUGGAACGUCGUCAUCCUCCGCUACUUCAACCCCAUCGGGGCCCACGAGUCCGGCCGCAUCGGAGAGGACCCGCAAGGCAUCCCCAACAACCUCAUGCCCUACGUGGCGCAGGUCGCCGUGGGUCGUCGCGAGUUCCUGAGCGUCUUCGGAGACGACUACGACACGCCGGACGGCACGGGAGUGCGAGACUACAUCCACGUGGUUGACCUUGCCAAGGGUCACAUUGCCGCUCUGCGCAAGCUGGAGGAGCGGUGCGGGUGCAAGGUGUAUAACCUGGGCACGGGUGUCGGAUACUCGGUGCUGCAGAUGGUGAAGGCCAUGGAGAAAGCGAGCGGCAAGGAGGUCAAGUUCGUGGUGGCCCCUCGGCGCGAGGGCGACGUGGCGUCGUGCUACGCGGACCCCGCGCUCGCACACACGGAGCUCGGGUGGAAAGCGGAGAGAGACCUCGACACCAUGUGUAAAGAUCUCUGGAGAUGGCAGUUGCAGAACCCGCAAGGAUUUGCCGCCAGCACUUCGUAAUGGGUGCAACAGCAAAUGUAACCUUCCACACCCCCCACCCGCCCCCCAAGUCAGAAGUGGUACCUUCCACAAUCACAGCAUUUGAUAAUACUCCACCACACGUGGAAUGUACCACUGCUGAAAGGGGGGUGAAACCUUACAUUGAGGCAUUUUGCUACACGGCCCAUCGUAUAUAUCUUGACUUGCACAUAUGGCACACUCCGGCCUUAAAAGGGCCCCAGGCAAUCCAAUAAUUAGUGGGAACAACAAACUUUCGUGUGACUUUCAGGUGUGGCUUUAAUUACGUCGUUGUGGUUCAGUCGCUGCCACUGCUUCGUAAAAGCAAAGGCUGAAAGCGCUCCUCUAUCCGCUCCGUCCAUCUGUGAUGGGGGGGGUGCGGCACGAUAACUUGAGUAACGUUGAUCCAAAAUAAAUUAAACUUCACCGUAAAGUUGUGGUGCUAUUAGGAAAUCGUCCUCUUGAAAAAAACGGCCACGUUGAUCCAAAGGGUGAUUGCCCAAAACUUGCAGGCAUGAGGCAUAGCAAAAAAAAGGGACUCCCGUAUUGGCAACUAUUAAGUCUCCCUUUUUCAGUUUAACACGUCAGCUUUCGUGUCCAAUAUCCAAACUAAGAGGUUUUUUUCUGGGUUAGAUUGCGUAAAUGUGUCGUUAAACCCGCCACCACCGACACAGCCAAUUAGUAAGGUUUGUCACGUAAACAAAACGUGCUGCUGAGUUGCUACUUCAACACACCCGGUGUGUUGGAGAGUAAACCCACAACAUUUACAAUUCGAGUACCGUGACAUUUCGCUGGUGGUGUUUACAUGAUAAGUCAUACCUGGCUGUGAUGUUUAAUAGUUAUUUUCCACUGUCUGGUGUUACAUUAACAGGUUAAAUGUCUUUACAUUAACAGGUUAAAUGUCUCACUAACACAGCCACCGUUGCUCGUUUUCCUUGAUGUGGCGGUGGCUCUACGAUCUUACAUUGACAUGCUAAU